CAUUUUUCAACAAGUCGCUUUGUAUGCACCGUGUAGCUAUGGCUCUAAAAACGGAUUAUGAAAGCGAUAAUGAAAUUAUUAACGUUGAAGAUGACGAUGGUCCAAAAACAAAUACUUUUACAAGAUUUUUUAUUGAAGAUAUUCUAUCAUCCAAUUUUGGUCGAAUCGAGGAAAAGUCAGACACCGAAUCUACAUCAUCAGCGUCUAGUACAACUUCGGGAAGAAAGACAGAAAAUCAGAAACCCGCUGAAAAUAUGAUCUGGCCUGCUUGGGUAUAUUGUACAAGGUAUUCGGAUAGACCAUCAUCAGGGCCCCGAUGCAGACGUUCAAAAAAGAAAAAAGAGAAGGAACCCGUUGAAGUACCGACUGCUGCCGUUACUUCAGUCGAGAAGCGACCGAGAACUGCUUUUACAAGUGAACAAUUGCAAAGAUUAAAGGAAGAAUUUGAACAAUCAAGAUAUUUAACGGAACAACGAAGGGCUAAUUUAGCUCAGCAGUUGGGAUUAAAUGAAGCACAAAUUAAAAUCUGGUUCCAGAAUAAAAGAGCCAAAUUGAAAAAGUCAACAGGAUCUAGGAAUCCGUUAGCACUCCACCUGAUGGCUCAAGGACUGUAUAAUCAUCAAACAAUACCUGCAAAGGAAAAUGGCGGUGCCGAAAAUUAAUUACUCUGAAAUAUAGCUUCUACUUCCCAGAGAAAGAAACGUAGAUUAUGUGCUUAUCUUUACGAUUAAAUGUAAAAGAAAAGAGACAAGACAGUUGUUAUGAGCGAAUAUUCUUCUUCUUUAUAUAAAUUAAUAUACGCAUAUACAUGUACAGUACUUACGUAUAUCUUUGAUGAAUAAAUAAAGAAUAUAAUAAAAAUGUUUUAUCUAAGAAAA